UGAUCCAAGUACCACAAAUACCAGAAGGAAACCGUUUUCUGAACAUACGCAUAUAAAUAGAAAUCUCCGGGCACAUCAAAGUAUCGAUACAAAGCCUUCCAUCUCCACAAAUUUCAACAUGGGUGUAGGUAUUAAAGCUACCAAGAAAACAGAUUUCAAGAAAACACACACUAAGAAAAAUAUAUUGGAGUCCAUUCCUGACGAAUUGAUUAUCGACAUUGUAGCCCGCGUAGCAGCAUCUUCUUCCUCUGACUUGUUCAAGGCCAAGCUCAGCUGCAGAACCCUUAAUAAAUUUGCGGAUGAUAAAUACAUUAUUCAACGUGCUUCACUUGAUGAUUUUCCCGUAGUUCCAUGGACACCGAACAAUCGCAAACAAGCAAUCUUUUCGGAACGAUGCGCAGAUUUAGAAAAUCCAGAGGCUUUAUAUCGGCGUGGGAUUGUAGGAUAUUUCGAAAAGAUGGAGAUGAGUUCAAGCAUCGACUGUUUAGUGAGAGCCGCAAAAUCUGGACAUCUUGAAGCUAUGUAUGUGCUGGGAAUUAUCAUGAUACUGCAUGGAGAUCAAACUAAAGAACAAGGGAUGAAGAUCAUCGUCGACAUGAAGACAUUACAGACGAAGGAAAACAUUGACAUAAUUCGGGAAAGAUUUUCAAGAACACUUGGAUCAAUGUGGGUGAAUAACACUAUGGUGGUGGGACUAGUAAUGCCGACUUGUUGCACGAUCGCAGAACAUCCAAAGUCUUCGAGGUGGGGAAAGCUUGAAGAUUCAGAAUGUGAAGCGUGUUCUUGUGAUCAGGAAAUAGUUCAUCUGUGGGAAAUUUUGCCUAAAUCAAUCUAGUGGUCAAAUUUAGCAGGGAAUAAAGAUACAUAUCACUUUUAAACAAGUGGCAAAGAGACCCAAAAAACUGCUGUAACAUUCGGAGUAAUAAAUUUAGCAGAGAAGAAACAGUAGUAGAAAUUAUCAUUUAUACAAAUAUUAACCCCGUUAUUGUAUCUCAAACAAAUCAUGCCAAAUAUAUUAUAUGGGGUAAAAUGU